CUGGAACGCUCCCAUGUAUUGGCACCUUAACUGGUUAAUUUUUUCUAUUUUUUCACGGUUCUAAACCCAUCCCUAUCGGGGCGUCAGAGGUAGUGCAGCUGCAUUGAUUUUUCUACGUGGUAGCAUCGUCGAGAGUUCGAUGAACUAUGGCCGAUAUUCAUAGUCCGAUUUUAUAUCUAAGAUCAUCUUAAGUACUACUUUAAAAUGUCACUUUAAAACCAAUCACAGAGCUGUAUUCGCAUCUUAAGACAUUACUUAAGACGGUUUUGAAAUAAGAUUCGACUAUGAAUACUGGCCUAUAUGCAUGUAACGUGCUAACGUAAAGAUGGCCGAUUAACAGAGAGCAGCGUUGUUACUUCUGCACCGUUGUCCAGCAUUCAUUUUCAUGAUAGCUGUGUUUCCCAGAAAAAAUGCAACAAUUUCUUAUCUAUUAGAGACCAUUUCUUGAAGCUACACAUAUUUGAAUGUGAAGCUCGUGCAAUGUCUCUCUCUGAACCCUGGAUAUUACUCCAUUAUUAAUUGUGCAGACAAAUAUGGGCCUGAAUGAUCUGUUAUCGCUGAAAGCGCUCGUCAAAGCGGUUUACAAACCUUCUGAUUGGCUGCAAGCUACUUUUAGAGACGCUUUUAGCGACAGGACCUUUGUGUUCAAGAAAUUGCGAUGCGUGUCCUCGGAAUACGCGAACGCGAUCGCCGUAAUAGGCCGCGAUUUAGCACGCCGAGAGAGCGGAAAGGCUUUAAUAAAUUAAUACAUCGCUCGAGCUUGUCUGAUUAUCUUCUUCCCAUUGCGAUCUUUAGCCUUAUUAUCGCUCCUAUGCGAGCGCGUCGCUCGUAAUUUUAUAAAAAUGAUACCACGAUACCACAGAGAGAUAAAUUAGAAGAGUAUAGCUCAGCAUCGCAUCGCCGCAGCGACAUUAUAUUACAAUACAUUUCACAUAUGCAGCUUGGAAACGCUUAAAUCUUUCGUCGUUAGGAGAUAAGAGUAUGAAAUUCGAUACGCGAUCUACGGAACGUACGAAGACUCGUCUAAUAAUCACGCAAGCUAUAAUCGAGUAGUAUUUUCUUUUGCAGAAAAUGCGUGGAAGCUAUGCAAUGUUAUCAGUGCAAUAGCCGCAACAACAGCCAGUGUGCCGAUAAUAAGCCUCCAGAUACUAUGAAAAUAGAUUGCUCGGAUCUCAAGGAUGGCUCCAAAUAUACCAUGUGUCGAAAAAUCACGCAAGUCAUCGAAUUCAGCGUCAACGGCCUACCACCUGACACGCGAGUUAUCCGAGGUUGCGGUUGGGACGAGUCGAAUUAUAAAGGCAAGUGUUAUCAACGAAGCGGCUUCGGGGGUCGACAAGAAGUCUGUUCCUGUUUAACUGAUUAUUGUAACGUAGCGAUGCCCGGGAUGACGCCGGCUCAAAGUCUCAUCCUUCUCUGCUCUCUAAUCAGUGUAUCGCUAGCGUUCCUAAAUUAGUCUUAAGAGAUAUCUGAGCCAGCGUAGAAUUCGAGUACGAGUACAGCGGAGGCUGCAUAGUGGUAGUAGGAAGAUUAAUAUCAGCGUGCUUUUGCUGCUGCAAAUUCGAACGAUAGUUAUUACUAAACACAUACCAAAGUGAAGAGCAAUGUCGAGGAACAAUGUUUCGCCAACAUGAAGAAUCUUAAUUGUAGAAGGAACAAAUGGCCUCUUGGGUUUAUACAUAUAUACAUACAUACAUACAUACAUACAUAUAUAUAUAUAUAUAUAUAUAUAUAAUGUCUAAACCAGUUUGGAAAAAUAUGCCUUUUUGAUUAUGUAUAUUGUACUGAAUCUCGAAUUGUACUCGAAGCGGCGUAACUCGAACUAUACAACGAUUCAAUUGGCUUAUUGAUUAAUUGUCGUAUUGCUAACACGAAUCAACUUGUAUUCUAGUUUCUCACUAUAUACAUUUUUUCUUUUAACGAUACAUAUUAUGCAAUCUAAGUGACUCACGCAUGUAGAUACAGGAAAAAGCUGUUUAUUCCUAGUUCUUUAAGUGGUCUCUACACAUUUUUAAUGUAUCACUGUAAACAAAUAGGAGUUUCCUUGUAAUGUCUUUUUGUAUAUAUACUUGACAAUUACACUACAACAAGGGAACAUAUAAUGUGUAUUAAAUUUAGCUGUAAAAAGUAUCUUAUUGUCAAUAAAGGCUUAUGUAAAAGCAGA